AUGGCUUCUACUUCUAGGGUUCUUCUUCUUGUGCUUCUUGGUGCCCUUGUUUGCACCAUUGGUGCAACAAGGGAGCUUGGGAACGAGAAGAAUUCGUUUGGUGAUGAGAAGAACUUCGUCUUCCAUCGUCCAGGGUUUGGUGGUGGUCUUGGAGGAGGAGGUGGAGGUGGUUUUGGAGCCGGUGGAGGAGGAGGUUUAGGCGGUGGCGCAGGAGGUGGCUUUGGAGGGGGUGCAGGUGCUGGUGGUGGAGCUGGAGCUGGAGGAGGCCUUGGUGGCGGCGGUGGUGGAGGGUUCGGUGGUGGUGGUGGAGGAGGUGUUGGCGGCGGUGGUGGAGGAUUUGGAGGAGGUGGCGGGGGUGGCCUCGGUGGCGGAGCCGGAGCUGGUGGAGGGUUUGGUGGUGGAGCUGGUGGUGGUGCUGGUGGUGGAUUUCCAUGA